UUCUGUAAUUUAGUGGUCAUUUUUUAAUUAUUAAAUAUGUCAGUAAUUGAAAUUAUUGAUAUUAUGGACUAUGUAGGUGAUGGUAAACGCCCGUUUGUUGAGGGCUCAGAGAUAUUGAAAUGUAACCACAUAAUAGAAUUUGGUAUAAAAGAACAAGCAAAAAAUAAACUUGUUAUUAUGGCUUUGUGUUUACAAACCUCCAACAUUAAUGGUCAUCCUCAUGAAGUUUUAGUCACAAAAACUAUUCAUGAAGGUAAUGUGAAGGUGUCAGGUUCCUGCUCAUGUAAAGCAGGCACGGGGAAGUGUAAGCAUGUUGUUGGCGUUAUGCUUAAGUUGCAGAAGUAAGUAAAAUGUAUUCUUUUUUUUCAAAAGAAUUUAAAAUUUGAUAUACCUAAUAGUAAGUACGUACCUUAUAAUACUUACAGAACUUCAAUUGACAGUUUGGAGGAAUUGAGUUGUACUGAAUUACGCCAACAGUGGGGGAAGGUUAAAAAUAUUGGAACUGAGAUGUAUCAUACAAUCCCAGUAAAAAAAUUUUGUCAUGUCCAAAAGUAUACUUCUCCAUAUUCAGAAACUCUGCCAGAUGUAUUACCAAAUAAUAUUGAGAAAAUUGUAUAUGAAACUUUAACUGAAGGUAAUAUGUUGUUUCCGUCUUACAAACGUACAACAUAGUAAAUUUGUGUUUAGCUGAAUCCAUUUUGGUUGCUACUUUAAAUUUUAAAGUGAAUAAUUGAUCUAUUAAUCUCUAAAUUAUAAAAUCUUAGUGGUUGAACUCAAUGUGUUGAAUUAGGUCCCAAUAUAUCUGAUAAGUUUAAGAUUCAUUUGGGUGCACCUCAAGGGGGACAUUUAUCAUCCUAAUGCUGGGUUGCAUAAAC